AAUGUUCAUAUGACCUAUYCACUCUUAGAUUUCUUUAGUUUACUAAAGAAAUUACUCUGCACAGGAAAAUCCCUCUUUCAAAAUUAGGGACAAACAGCUAAUCCUCUCUUAGACAUAAUUAUCCUCCAGAUCCCAAAACAAAAUCCUUUCUUGGAGUGUGUAUUUGGUACCAUUACUUACAAAAUAUUAGGGUACAUUCAAUCUUUCAAACCARAAAAGGRYCAGUUCUAAAUARGCUGUACUGCUCUAUCAUGGAUAAUAAAAGCUUUUAUUAUCCAUGGCUCUAUCCACCAGAUUAUCCAGUUAUCCUUUUUAAAAAUCCAUACAAAAUCAAUAAAGURGAUAACAGUAUCUGGUGAGAUCCAUAACUUUGUUMACUAAAAUGCAACCCAUCCAGCUAAAAAGCUUCRCUCUUUAUCAAGCUUUGCAGGAUAGUCACUAGCCUAUUUUACACUUGAAUCAAUUGCAUUAAACUCAUGUUAAAUCUAGAUAUAAUGCAAGUUAUCUGAUGAGGUACCAUCAUAGUCUUUGUACCUGUCAACAGCUGUCAUUUACUGGAGAUUGCACUUGUUGCACUUGUUCUUGUUCCACUUGUUUGUAAAGUUGAGAAAGUUGUAGUUGGAGACAUCUUAUAAAUCGAUGUUGAAAACAUUGUUUUUCUGCCUUAACAGAUUUUUGUGGAUAAUAAAAGUAGAUAAAUAAAAAGCAGCAAAAAAAAGUAAAAAAAAAUGAAGGCGAUCAUUUGGCUCAGCAGUAUUACAAUGACAGGUGAAUGCUUAUUGGACAGUUGUCAUACCGUUGGCGGUAUUUCCAAAAUGGCGGACAACAAGGUUAGGAAACCACAACAAAACAUUGUAACGAAAAGACCUUAUUUAAAAUUAUAACAUCUGUCUGACGCGGUAAAUAUCAACAACAAUGAAUCGUCGGGUAAUCUCUCCUACUGUUUUAAACACUUCGUCCCCCGAUCACACGUUGGAGGUGAUGCAAAGACGAAUACAAAUGGCUGAAGACGAAACGAAAAAACUUGUUGAUCAACUGUCUGAUUAUGGAUUUUCUAAAGAAAAAUACGAGAAGAAAGAUACAGCUUCUGGUAGAAUUGAUCCUAUAUCUCCAUUUAAAUCUGCUUUACCAUCAUCGCCACAAGUUGAAGUUUUGAAAAAGAACUAUGAACAAAUGGUUUCGCGUGUGUGUAGAGCAGAGAGUACGAUUCAAUCCAUGAAGUUAGCAAUGGUUAGUUUACAAGCAGAGAGAGAACUUAGCAACUUAGGUCAAGGAAACAGUGCUUCAAUUCCUAAAGAUGCUUAUGAUAAUGAAAUCAGAACGCUUGAGAAAGAUUUGAAGCAAUGUCGGAAGGAAUUACAGAGUGCAUUACAUGAGAAAAAUGAACUCAGAGAAAGUUUACAAAGAAUCCAAACAAAUUUAAAUAAAACUGAUGCGUUUAAUGCCGAGGCAAAAGUAAAGCUGGAAGAAUCUAAAGGCAUAAAGGAGAAGCUUAAUAAGAAAGUAACUGAACUAAAAGAAGAACUGAUGCAUGAGAAGGGACUUAGAAGUAGCCUUGAGAAUUCACACAACUCUUUACUGAGUAGAGUGAAUGACAUGGAAACACUUGUUGAUACUGAGAGGAACCAGGUACARCUGUUGUCUGGGGAAUGYGAAGGGCUGAAGAAGGAAUGUGCUGCUACAAAGCAGAAAUACAACGAGGAACACAGAUUACGGAUGCAGUUGGAGACAAUGGCAACUCAGCUUCAGGAAGACACAUCCAAUUCAGAUGCCACAAUCAAAACACUUACAACUUACAAAAAGAAUUUGGAAUCAGAUUUACACAUCGUGAAAAGAGAAAACAAAGAGUUAAGGCAACAGUUUGAAUCUUUGAGAACAAGUUACGAAAAACUUAAGAAUUCACAUGAAAAAGUAGCAAGUGAACAUAAGAGAACUAGUGAGGAGCUACGAGCUGCUACAGUUGAUAAUAARGUGUUAGUAAGUCAGCAAAAAGAUGCAAUUCAAAGGGAAAGACAAGCAAUGGCAGCCAAAUUAGCAGAGAAAGACAGAACAUUAGAUGAAGCAAAGAAUAUACUUGCUAGAGAGGUUCAUGAAGAAAAGGCAAAGAUGCAAUUGGCUGAUAGAGAAAGGGCAAACCUUAAAGCUGAGGUGAAAAGAUUAUCCGAAGAACUCCAAGCAGAAAGAAGCAAGCUACACACCAAAAAGCAAGAAGCAGGACUUAAGAUGGUUGAACUUGAGGAACGAAUUGACGAAGUCACUAGAGAAAGAGAUACGGCGUUAAAAGAAAAAUCACAGAUAUUGGAUGAGAUUGAACAAACAGUGACUGGAUUCACACAAGAAAGAGACCGAAUUAUUAAACAGCUUGAACAAGCACAGGCUGAGAUAGAAACACUUCAGCAGAAGAGAGGAAUCCUURAACAAGAAAGCCAAAAGCAGUUGGACAGAAUAUUAGAAUUGCAGAACCAACAGAGAAGUCAACAACAGAUUGAGGACACAAUGAAAGAUAUGAUGGAAACCAAAAAUAAAUUGGCUUAUGAGAAAGGCACCUUGCAGUCUAGAGUGGAGCAACUCCAGAAAGAAGUGUCCAAGUCUGAUAAUUUUAAGAUGCAACUUGAGCAAGUCAAGAGAGAAAACACUGGAAUGCAGAAUUCAUAUAACAAGGUUUCCUCUGAACUUCAAAAGUACAAGCUGGAAGUGCAGACUCUCCAAGGCCAACUCAGAGAGGGUCAAUUGAGAAUUGACAGCAGAGAUGAAGACCUCAGGACAGUCAUGUCGUCUCGUGAAGAAGCUUUACGAGAAGUAGAAAAGUUGGUGCAUCACACAGAGUCUAUGGAACGAAACAACAGACAAAAGAUGGAAGUAAUGCAGAAAUCAUUCAAUGAGGCUCGUGCAAAUAACGUAAAGCUUUCUUCAACAAUGGACAGCUUAAUGGCAUCUCACAGCGAACUACAAGAAACACUGGAGAGAAUGCAAACUGAACUAGGUAGACGAGAUGUGGAAUUAAAGGCAACACUUCGUGAAAAAAAUUCAUACCAAGAAGCUGCCCGGCGUCUUCAAGCUGAAAUGGAAUCCCUUCAAAACAAAGUCGACUGCUUGGAAAACAACGAAGUACGCGAGCUGCGUCCUCUACGAGAAGCCUUGAAAACUGCUAAAGAAGAAAUACGAGAAGUCACCCAACAGCUAGAACGUGUGAUGAAAGCCAAUAAAAAACUACAAAACACAGCAGAACAGCUCCAAAUGGAACUUGGAAGAAAAGAUGUGGAACUUGAAAAACUUCAAAAAGAGAAGCAAAAAGAGAACAAGGACAGACAUUCAGAAGUCGAAGAGCUGCAAGACAGACUAGAUGAGCUGUCCAGAAARGCGCACGACGAGAUAGAAGACGUCAGAAUCAARCACAAGAAUCAAACGUUGAAGUUGAAGAAAGAGCUCGAGGAGGUCAUUUCAACGUGUUCCACUCUAAGAGAAGAAAAUCACAGCUUUGAUAAUCGCGUCAAGGAGCAGGAGCAAGAGCUAGAGAAGGCAAAAACUAGAAUCAAAGGUCUUAAAACACAGCUUUCACAAGCAAAAAAGCAACAGGAUGUGAAAGAAGGCGAAGAAGAGGCAGCAAAAUCCAAGAUGGAGAAUUUCAAGACGGAGUUAAAUCGACUUGAGAAGGUCAAAUCAGACUAUGUAAGAAAGAACAAGGAACAGUCCAAAACGAUUGAGGAGUUCGUUUCCAAGGUUACCGUCCUUCAGCACGAAAUGACGUCAUUAAUUAACGCACAUAAAGAAGCUGCCCUGGCUUGCAAAGAGAAGGAUAAACAACUCGAGAGAGAACGAAACACGAGAAAAGACCUUGAAAGACGUUUGAAGAAAGCGCUUUCUCGUGAAAAAGAGUUAGAAACUGCAAAGGAAGAAACUGAACARAAGCUAGAGUWUGCCAAUAAUGAAAGUGAACAUGUAUCAGAGAGUCUCAAAGAAGCGCAUAUAUGGUUUAGAAGUAAAUUCGACGAUCUUCAAGCUGAGCUUGCUCGGUCAAAAAAACUUCAAAGUGCAUUGGAGAGGGAAAACAGGGAACAACAGAAGAAACUUAAGGCAGAUCGCAGGCAGUUGGAUGAACAGACACAGAAAGCAAGACAAGUUUUACGAAACAGUCGAAAUGCUGUCAGUCAACUAGCUGGCGAGGUAGCUGAAAACCUGUGGGAGACCAAAGGAAUGAAACACGCCUUACAAGCCGAGAGAGACUACAGCAGCAUGACAUCACACAAACUACAACAGCUACAGGAUUCGACAGCCCGUCAAAUGGAAGAUUUAGCGUUUGAAGUCAACAAACUAAGAGAGUCGACAAGAUAGCSAUUGGAAUUCCUGUGUUAUCUCCGAGAGGACUGGAACCUAAUCGAAGAAUAGACACAGGGAUACAAUAUGCCCAGGCGGCUCUACAUGACAUCAUAUGUAGAUAAACUAGAGUCUGUUAAUAGAGAUUUUUAUAAAGUAUUCGUGUAAUGUAUAAACGAACAAGAUGUAUUUAUUAAAACAGUUGAA